AUGUUUAACUUGGUAUUUGCUUCAACGGAAAUAGAAAUCAAAUUAAAACUAAAUCAACAACAACAAGAUGGCAAUAUUUUUGGUUCAUUAGAAACAAAGUAUAAAGUAAACGAUUAUGGUUUGGAACUACAGGAGAAAUGGAAUACAUCCAAUGAAUUGUUCACGGAAGAGGGAAUAGUUAAUUCACAAUUAAUGUCUGAAUUACAACUCGUCUACGGCGAUAUCAAGAAGGGCUACACAUCACCUCAGCUGUAUCUGAAUAUGUAUAAUAAUUUCUACGACUUAUUGCAUGAAAUAUCGUUAGAAACUGAUUUUGAAAAUAAUAUCCAUCGUGGUCGUGGCAACUCGAAUAAUAAUAAUGCUGAUAUAGAAUAUGAAAUUCGCUCUAUUUUGUCGGAUGGAUUUCUGUUGAAUUUUGAUAAUUCUCUAAUUGAUCGUACGUAUAGUUAUAGCGAAGCUGUGGAAUUUAAGCUCAAGAAAAUAUUUAAUUCAUAUCUGAAUAUAACAUUUACUUUAAGAUCCGUCAAAAAUAUCGAGUUUAAUAUGAAAAUUAAAAGUGAUUCGUUUAAAACAUCUUUUAGAGUGGAUGACAAUGUGUUUCAAUUAGUAACGUAUAAGAAGUUUAAUGAAACCAAAUUUAAUUUAAACAUUAAACUUAAUACAGUUAAAGAAAUAUUUCAUAAUGAAAACACAUUGCCUUUGAUUAAAGACAACGAACAAUUUCAGCUUUAA